AUGAUCAAGAAACUCAGUUCCAGCGUGGUCGAAAGGAUUAGUUCAGCAACCGCAGUAGCCUCGAUGGAUCAAGCGGUUGCAGAGUUGGUUCAAAAUAGCAUUGAUGCGGGAGCCAACUCUAUCACUGUGAAAGUUGACUGGAAAACCCUCAGCACGGCAGUAAUGGAUAAUGGAAACGGGAUGUCGCGUGAGUCCUUGGCCGCUUUGGGACCACACAUGACGCUGAAGUUGAGUACCUGGGAAGAUUUGGUGAAUUGCAAGACCUAUGGAUUUCGAGGAGAAGCUCUCGCGAGCCUCCGGCAAAUCAGCAACAAAAUGGUAAUAGUACUGCGGUGCCGGAACGAUAAGCUGCCCUGGUAUGUCUACAGUGAUAUCAAUGGCAAUUGUUGCAAGGUUAGUUCAUUUGACCAAGAUAAUGAGCUUGCCAACCCCCCAAACCAUAAUAUGUUUUAUAUUCCACUGUUUGAACAUGGUUGUAUGGUGUUGGCGUACGACAUGUUUGCCAACAUUCCAGUGAGGCGAAGAAACAUACUUGAAGAUGGAGUGGAAAAAUUUAUGGCAGCUCUUCGGCGUCGGUUGGUGGUGCUUGAUCUUCCUAAAUUGAAGGUGUUAGUAGAUGGAGAGGUUCGAAUCGUCACUGAUAGAGGUCCUACAACUGUGAAUAGCGUUCUUGGGAUUAGUUGUUGGUUUGAUCGCAUAAGAUGCCGCUCGGGAGCAUACACUGUAACAGGCUUGCUAUCUCACCAAUGCAGAAAGGGGUAUCAGUUUAUUCUCCUUAACAAUCGCUUGUACAAUUUGAAACUACAGUAUAAAAAGCUGCCGGUAUUUGUACUUCGAUUCUCGUGCGCUGUCUCAGAGUCAGAGUUGGUUCAGGAUCCUUCGAAGGCUAUAUAUACAAGUUGUCAUGAGGGUAAUGUGGUGGCUAUCUUGCAGAAGAUGUUUCUCGAGUAUUUUGGUGAGCAAGUGGUACGCAUUCCAACAUCAUCACCCAUGAAGCGUUCACCCGUCAAGAGUCCCAGGAAAGCAUCACUGAGCGUAACCAAUAAUAAGUUGUCACCUACCAAGAAAUCUUUAUCAAUUAAAACUUGCUUCAACUACCCUCAAAGUCUAACACGAGCAGACCUCCACAGCAUACAUGUUAUCUCGCAAAUCGAGAAAAAAUUCAUACUCGUACGAACGGGCUCUGUAUUGGCAAUGGUGGAUCAACACGCAGCAGAUGAGCGUAUUCGACUUGAAGCACUUCAGCACCAGCUAUUAACUAGCAGUACUCUAGUUGCAUGCAACAUUCCGUUGAACUUGACUCCAUCAGAAAAACAUGAAGUUUCAUCCCACGCAGAGUAUCUACGCCCUUUCGUACAGUUCGACCCCCAUGGGAAUGUCUGCCAAAUAGCAGCAGCUGUGAGUGGAAAAACAAGCUUGGAACAAGAUCUUCUCGAAUAUGUGGCUGAUAUUCGUCGUGGUUCCAAAACCGUCAUCGGUAAAUGUCUGUGGAUUGAAGAUAUUCGAAAUAUCCCCGGAUUCAUCAUUUCAAGUGUCAAUUCAAUUGCAUGUCGACAAGCCAUCAAAUUUGGCUGCAAACUUUCCCACGAUGCGAUGUCGCAGCUAGUACUGGACCUAGGGCGGUGCCAGGUGCCGUUCGCGUGCGCUCACGGGCGGCCUACGAUCGUGCCAGUUGCUCAAAUUUAG